AUGGCGCUGCUGACGCGGCAGGCGCAGGAGCUUACAGACCCGCUGCAGCACGAGCUGGAGUCGGGAGUGGAGGCCGCUUCACAGCAGGGGCACGAGCUGCCUGCAGUCAGCCUGGACGACUUGGCGGCGGCCGUGCGGCAGCAGCACCCUGCUCUGUUUGCGAGCACCGUCGGCAUCCCAGCUGGGAGCGGCAGCCCUGCCCAUCAGGCCGGCGAGGGCGGCGCCGAGCUGCGGCUGCACCAGGCGGCGGCAUUGUGGGAUGUGCUGCACCGGCAGCAGCGGUUCAAAUAUGAGCCGUUUGAGUGGGUCUAUGAGGGUCUGCAACCACUGCUGCUGCCGCCAUGGCUGCAUCGCCGCAAGCUGGCGCCGCUGACACUGGGAGUGGUUGUGGCGGGGGUGGCGCGCCGGCUCGGCCUGCCGCUUCUUCCGGUUCCGGCAGACGGCGGCGAGGACAUUGCUGCGGGGGUGAUCGAGGGGCCGGCAGGCGGCGCCACGACGCAGAGCCAGCUGCCGUUGGAGCAGCUGCGUCCCGAUGUCGCGCAGCGCUACGCGGGCCGGGCACAGGGCAUGGCACCCUCGGCGGCGCCCUGGGUGCUCCUGCUGGCUGGAGGCGACUGCGAGGGCGCCAGUGGCGCUGGAGCUUGGGACGGUAGCUUUCAAUGGACGCAUGUAUUGGAUGCCUGCACUGGAGAGGCGGUAGACAUGGCAGCAGCCCCGACCAAAUACCCCACACUCCAGCUGUCGGCAGAUUGGCAUGUGGAGGCGCCGCUGGUGGCCUGGCAGCACAUGGUGCGCACCAUCAUCCAGGCACACCAGCGGCGUGGCGAGAGCGAUCUGGUGGCCCACUGGGUGUAUGUGCUGCUGGCGCUGGACCCGCAGGCGGCGGAAUGGGAGUUUAUGCUGCAACCAGCCGCGUAGCAGCGUGCUAGUUGGCAGCUGUGCUGGCUGGCGGAAGGCCACAGCUCACCCAAGUUCAGUUUUGUUACUUCAUUACCAACCUGCCCUGUACAAAACCAUGUCCACUGCAGUUUUGACCCCCCCUUCUACUCCCUGACUUCUUUCAGAGUACUCUCUCUGCUGCUCAGCUGUUGCAUUGCCCCCUUUCUGUUUCCAGGUUGCUUCAUGCAAUGACGUAC